CGAUCUUUGUGACGGCGCGGUGCCGUCCUAACUGGCUCGCGCGCGGCUCAGUAAACCAGCAGGGAGCGAGAAGACAUGUCAGAAAGAAGCGGGGACCUGGAGGCUACGCCGCCGCUCAACAGCAGCGACACCCCGGUCACGAUGCCGCCGCCCAGACCCUCGGUGGGGAACAAAGUGACGGUGGUCCUGGGAGCGCAGUGGGGCGACGAAGGGAAGGGGAAAGUUGUGGACCUGCUGGCUCAGAACGCGGACAUGGUGUGCAGAUGUCAGGGGGGCAACAACGCAGGACACACUGUCGUCGUAGACUCAGUGGAGUAUGACUUCCACCUCCUCCCCAGUGGCAUCAUCAACCCCAAAGUCACGGCCUUCAUUGGCAACGGUGUGGUGAUCCAUCUUCCUGGGCUCUUUGAAGAGGCAGAAAAGAAUCUUCGUAAAGGAAAGAGUUUGGAGGGCUGGGACAAGAGACUGAUCAUCUCAGAUCGAGCUCAUAUAGUCUUUGACUUCCACCAAGCUGUCGACGGUGUUCAGGAACAGCUGAGGCAAGAGCAAGCAGGCAAGAACCUCGGGACGACGAAGAAAGGCAUCGGUCCGGUCUACUCUGCCAAGGCGUCUCGCAGCGGCUUGAGGAUAUGUGACCUGCUGGCCGACUUCAGUCAGUUCUCUGAAAGGUACAAAGUUCUGGCCCAGCAGUACAAGUCCAUGUACCCCACACUGGAGAUCGACAUCGAAGGAGAGCUGGUCAAAUUAAAGGAUUACGUGGCGAGAGUCAAGCCCAUGGUGAGGGACGGCGUGCACUACAUGUAUGAGGCCCUUCACGGUCCACCAAAGAAGAUUCUGGUGGAAGGAGCUAAUGCUGCGCUGCUGGAUAUUGACUUUGGGACGUAUCCGUUUGUCACGUCGUCCAACUGCACAGUAGGAGGGGUGUGCACAGGCCUGGGAAUGCCUCCACAGAACGUCGGGGAGGUUUAUGGGGUGGUCAAGGCUUACACCACCAGAGUGGGCAUCGGCGCUUUCCCCUCAGAACAGAGCAACGAGAUCGGUGAUUUGCUCCAAAGUCGUGGCAAGGAAGUGGGUGUGACCACGGGGAGGAAGAGGCGCUGCGGUUGGCUGGACCUGGUGCUGAUCAAUUAUGCACACAUGAUCAACGGCUUUACGGCGCUCGCUCUCACCAAACUGGACAUACUUGACGUUCUCCCUGAGAUCAAAGUGGGAGUUGCCUACAAAGUCGACGACCAGUUUAUACCUCACUUCCCAGCCAACCAGGAAGUCCUGCAGCGCGUGGAGGUCGUGUACGAGACCCUCCCCGGCUGGAAGAGCAACACCUCAGCGGCAAGGAGUUUCCAGGAGCUGCCGGAGAACGCCCAGAACUAUGUCCGCUUCAUCGAGAAGCAUGUUGGAGUGCCUAUCAAGUGGAUCGGAGUGGGAAAGUCCCGGGAGUCCAUGAUCCAGCUCUUCUGAAGAGAAGAAACAGGAGUGAUGAGGAAUCCUCUCGGCUGAUCUCAGAAACUUCCCUCAGUCUCCACACUCUCUGUCGGGGGUGGACGUCUCCUGUGAUGUUUAAAAGAGAGACUCUCAUCUUUCAGACUGACUCUUUCAUCUUUGCCUCCUUAUCGUUUUUGGCUGGUUAGAAGCGAAGCCCAGAAUCAGACGGGUUGUUAAGAGAAUAAACGGGGGUUUGGUGCGUGCAGACCUGCGCGUGUGUGAGAGGGUGGAGGUCCAGCGGGUCAGCCGUGUGUUCCUCAUCACCCAGGCUGUUUUAAAAGCGCUGUGCCAGUUUGAACCAUCGCACUUUAGAUGCUUUGGACUGUUUCUGCUUCUCCUGACACCAUAAAGGGAUCUUGAAUAUUUUAAAGUCUUUACUUGUGUUUCUUGUUUCUUCCCCUUCUGGCAGGUGUUUGGGGUUCAGUCUGUUGCCUUGUUGUUCAGCCAAAUCAUGUGCUUUUACAAGUCUGUAUUUGAUUCAGCAAACGCUGUGAUGAUGCACUUUGCUCCCAGAAGUCGGCGUCACUUUAAUCCAGCGUGCUUCCUGCUGUCGUCUGUCUGUGUGUCUGUCCGUUCCCUUGCUCUCUGACCUCGUCUGUCAGUCAAAGGUUUUUAUGAAAACAUCCCAUUGAAAGUGCUGAUAUCUGUUUCAGGAAGUCUUACACAGGAUAUUUUCACGUCCAAGUAUAAAUUUGUCCUCUUUUGCAUGUUGUUGUAAUAAAUGACAGGUUUGUCCUGAACUUUCAUAUUAAAAUGAAUCUGACCUGGAGCAUCUUAUUCUCUAGUUCUCUUCCUCUAGCUGUCUCUCUCUUCUCUAUCUAUCUCUCAUGCAGAAUUGCGUGUGUUGUUUUGAGGUUCAUUCCACUGAGCUGCAUCAGCCAGUCAACUGUCGAGUGCAUUCUCAGUGGUGAUGGGUCUUGGAUCAUCAUGUUUCACAGGCCUUGUCUAUUAAAUGAGAAACUUUUCAUGAUCUCAAAGACUCAAGCGGCCUGUUGAUCUGACCUUGCAGUUAUCCAUUGGUGUUAGACAUCAGAAGAACAUUUUUUGCUCAUGUGACCCUGCAGCUCUACUCUGACACUAACCCUUGCUGCUUGU